AUGUCAGAGGAGGACUUUGCUUCAGAGUUGGCAGAUGAAGGUGUAUCUGCAGUGAAACGAUUCACGAUUAAGAAAGAAGGCAUUAUUGUGAAAACCAACACGUAUCUACUGACUUUUGACCGUUCAUCUCUUCCAAAGUCUAUCAAAGCUGGUUAUUUCAACAUCGGAGUGGAUCUGUAUGUCCCCAGUCCACUCCGUUGUUAUGAAUGUCAACAUUUGGCUCGCAAUCCUGUCGAAACUCCUCAGUCUGCCAUCGUUGUGGUGAUCGACAUGAUGGUUCUGACUGUGAGCAAGAAUAUAAGUGCGCCAACUGUAAUGGUUCCUAUUCUGCCUCAUCAAGCACCAUCGCUGUGUUUCGUCUACAACGCCUCAACGUCCGGCGACCUAUCAAAGGUGAAAUUCGCCUUGUCCCAGGAACAGGUAGACAUUGAUUGCAAAGACCGAAUUGGUAGAACACCGUUGAUGUGGGCAGCUGGUAAGGGACAUAGAGAUGUGGUUGAGUUAUUCGUAAAACGUGGAGCUAAUUUGUUACUUACAGAUAGAAGCAGGAGCAACAUACUUCACUAUGCCUGUGCGGGAGGACAUGUGGAGGUGACGAAAUAUAUCCUCUCACAGAACACAGUGGACAUCAACAGUAGAAGAAAUGACAACAGGACACCAGUGAUGAUAGCCGGACGAUGGGGACAUAGGGACGUGGUAGAGUUACUCGUUGAUCACAGAGCUAAUCUGUCACUCAGAGAUGUACACGGUUACAACAUCCUGCAUUUAGGAUCUCAUGGAGAAUAUGUAGAGGUGCUGAAAUAUGUCCUGUCACAGGACACGGAAGACAUCAAUAGCAGAGCAAAUGACAACAAAACACCAGUGAUGGUUGCAGGGCGAAGGGGACAUAAAGACGUGGUUGAGUUAUUCGUAAAACGUGGAGCUAAUUUGUCACUUACAGAUAGAAGCAGGAGCAACAUACUUCAUUAUGCCUGUGCGGGAGGACAUGUGGAGGUGACGAAAUAUAUCCUCUCACAGAACACAGUGGACAUCAACAGUAGAAGAAAUGACAACAGGACACCAGUGAUGAUAGCCGGACGAUGGGGACAUAGGGACGUGGUAGAGUUACUCGUUGAUCACAGAGCUAAUCUGUCACUCAGAGAUGUACACGGUUACAACAUCCUGCAUUUAGGAUCUCAUGGAGAAUAUGUAGAGGUGCUGAAAUAUGUCCUGUCACAGGACACGGAAGACAUCAAUAGCAGAGCAAAUGACAACAAAACACCAGUGAUGGUUGCAGGGCGAAGGGGUCAUAGAGACGUGGUUGAGUUAUUCGUAAAACGUGGAGCUAAUUUGUCACUUACAGAUAGAAGCAGGAGCAACAUACUUCACUAUGCCUGUGCGGGAGGACAUGUGGAGGUAACGAAAUAUAUCCUCUCACAGAACACAGUGGACAUCAACAGUAGAAGAAAUGACAACAGGACACCAGUGAUGAUAGCCGGACGAUGGGGACAUAGGGACGUGGUAGAGUUACUCGUUGAUCACAGAGCUAAUCUGUCACUCAGAGAUGUACACGGUUACAACAUCCUGCAUUUAGGAUCUCAUGGAGAAUAUGUAGAGGUGCUGAAAUAUGUCCUGUCACAGGACACGGAAGACAUCAAUAGCAGAGCAAAUGACAACAAAACACCAGUGAUGGUAGCAGGAGAAAGGGGUCAUAGAGACGUGGUUGAGUUAUUCGUAAAACGUGGAGCUAAUUUGUCACUUACAGAUAGAAGCAGGAGCAACAUACUUCAUUAUGCCUGUGCGGGAGGACAUGUGGAGGUGACGAAAUAUAUCCUCUCACAGAACACAGUGGACAUCAACAGUAGAAGAAAUGACAACAGGACACCAGUGAUGAUAGCCGGACGAUGGGGACAUAGGGACGUGGUAGAGUUACUCGUUGAUCACAGAGCUAAUCUGUCACUCAGAGAUGUACACGGUUACAACAUCCUGCAUUUAGGAUCUCAUGGAGAAUAUGUAGAGGUGCUGAAAUAUGUCCUGUCACAGGACACGGAAGACAUCAAUAGCAGAGCAAAUGACAACAAAACACCAGUGAUGGUUGCAGGGCGAAGGGGACAUAAAGACGUGGUUGAGUUAUUCGUAAAACGUGGAGCUAAUUUGUCACUUACAGAUAGAAGCAAGAGCAACAUACUUCACUAUGCCUGUGCGGGAGGACAUGUGGAGGUGACGAAAUAUAUCCUCUCACAGAACACAGUGGACAUCAACAGUAGAAGAAAUGACAACAGGACACCAGUGAUGAUAGCCGGACGAUGGGGUCAUAGGGACGUGGUAGAGUUACUCGUCGAUCACAGAGCUAAUCUGUCACUCAGAGAUGUACACGGUUACAACAUCCUGCAUUUAGGAUCUCAUGGAGAACAUGUAGAGGUGCUGAAAUAUGUCCUGUCACAGGACACGGAAGACAUCAAUAGCAGAGCAAAUGACAACAAAACACCAGUGAUGGUUGCAGGGCGAAGGGGACAUAAAGACGUGGUUGAGUUACUCGUGAAAAAAGGAGCUAAUCUGACACUCAGAGAUGCACGCAGUGACAACAUCCUUCACUUGGCCUGUCGGGGAGGACAUGUCGGGGUUGUGGAAUAUGUCCUGUCGCAGGGUAUUGUGGACGUCAACGCAAAGAAUGAAAAGAGAGAGUCAGCCGCCUCGAUAGCGAAGACACUGGGACUACGACACGUGCUGGAGCUUCUUGUUUCACAUGGUGCUAACAUGUGA